GUCGCGUCAAUAUGGCAACAGAGUAUUACGAUAUACUUGGUCUGGAACAGUGCUGCACCGCAGAAGAUAUCAAAAAAGCUUACAAAAAGGAAGCGCUUAAAUGGCACCCCGAUAAAAAUUUGGAAAAUGCUGAGGAAGCUCAAAUGCGGUUUCGGCUUGUAGCUGAGGCAUAUGAAGUGUUGAGCGAUGAUCAAAAGAGAGCGUACUACGAUCGCACGGGUGCUCAAGCCAAGGAUAUCCCAGAGAAUCCGUCAGUCCCAUCCGCACACCCGAGAGGACAUCCGGUCGAUCCUUUCCAUGUAUUUGAAGCCUUCUUUGGAAACACUUCGCUAUUUUCCGUCAUGGAACAGCUUUUCAGUCAUGAUCCAUUUGAAGAUUUCCGAGCCCAUAGCCGCACACGUCGGCCUAACCCCGGCUUUCAGCAUCUGGACCCAUUUUUGCAGGGUUUCUUGGGUCAUCCUUUUGCCGAUAUUCCGACUGGACGGGCACGCAUUACUCGCCAGCGUCCUUCAGUUUCCCAAGAUCCAUCUCGCCGCGAUCCUUUCUCUGACCCCUUCUUUGAUAGGAUCGGUGUGUUUAGGAGCUAUAGCACCAUUCCCUCGAUGCAUGAAUUCUGGGAAACAGCGCACAAUGCUUCACACUUGAAUCUUCCGAGAAGCGCGUCUUGUCCUGUAUCUGACCCACAUCUACACCAUGCGACGCCAGAGGCAUUCGCCGGAACCCGGCAGCCGCGAGACUCUGGUGUCUCGAUGCAUUAUAGUCCUUCCGAACGCGGUGUACCUUCGCAGCCUCAGCAACCGCAUCCACUGCAGGCGUCUAGAGAAUACGCUCAACCUAUGGGUUCUAACAGACAACCCUCUUAUCCUAUGCGCGCAUCUGAGCGCUCGGCGUCAACGAAUGGAUCUACCCGGAUCAAUGUUCCCAUAUUGUGA